AUGACCAAUUUUGAUUGGCACGAUGACAGCAAGGACGAUGAAGAAAAUGACGAUGAAGAUGACGACGCGCAAACAUCUUCAGCGGAUAUUAAGGCCGAAUUAUUAGAAAUGGAGUUCACCCGUGGAUUUAGAAGAACGCUCAUCAAAGAAAAGAUGGACUACAUGGCACUUUGGCGCGAGUAUGUCAUGAAUCAUUUCGACGAUACCUUCAACAGUAUCCGCAGUAAAAUUGAAGCAAACGAGAAUGAAGAUCAGCAGACGGACGAUCCUGUCACGGAUCCGAAAAAAUCCAAACAACUUAUUCGUACUUGCUCUGUCCCACUUCCACGAGUCAUUCGUUCCCAUCUCCCUAACCGCGAUAACUUUUUACAAAGCAUCAACAAGUUUUCAGUUCACCUUAUCGGCAUCAUCUCCAAACUAUCAACGCUUACUUAUCUCAACUUGCUUGAAUUACAGCAAACCGCCAACACCUAG